UAUAUCAUAUAUUUUCAAAGUAUUUUUUAAAAAAUAAUAAUAAAAUGACGCAAAAUAUAAGAUCCCUGUCUACAUAUAUUUUAAUGAAUAAAGCCUUUAUAAAUGGUAAAUGGAUUGACUCAUUAGAAAAUAAAAGCUUUGGAAUACUUAAUCCAGCAUCACAGAAGGUGAUAGGGAAUGUGCCUGAUUUAACAAUUGAACAAGUAAAUUCUUCAAUAUUGUUGGCUCAUGAUAGUUUUGACAAAUGGAAAAAGAUUUCAGGAAAAGAAAGAGGUCAUAUUCUCAGGAAAUGGUUCGAUCUUAUGAUCAAGAACAAGGAGGCGUUGGCUGCAUUGAUCACCCAAGAAAAUGGUAAAACGAUGAAAGAAUCAUUGACGGAAAUAGAAUUAGGCGCCAGCUAUAUCGAGUGGUUCUCUGGCGAGGCUCCGCGGAUUAACGGCGACAUUUUGACCUCGCCUAAAAGGGAGAAGCAGCUGUUAGUUUUCAAAGAACCGCUGGGUGUUUGCGCCUUCAUAACGCCGUGGAAUUUUCCGAGCGCUAUGAUAGCUAGGAAAGUAGGCCCCGCACUGGCCGCUGGCUGCACGUGCGUUCUAAAACCGUCCGAAGAAACUCCGCUGUCCGCUCUCGCGUUAGCUAAAAAAGAUAGAAAGAAAGAAAAGCAAAAAGGAAAAAAUAAAUCUUUUUUCUUCUUCUUCAAUAAGUUAAGUCAAGAGGCGGGACUUCCACCCGGUGUUUUCAACGUACUAACCUGUUCUACCAAAUCGAAUUCCGACGUCGGCAAAUUGUUAUGCACGCACCCCCUCAUUUCCAAGAUAUCCUUCACUGGUUCCACCAAAAUUGGAAAGAUCUUGCUCUCUCACUGUUCCCAGGGCAUCAAAAAGACAUCCAUGGAGUUGGGCGGAAAUGCUCCUUUCAUUAUCUUCCCGUCAGCUGAUUUGAAGAAGGCUUUGUCCGGCCUGAUCGCUAGCAAAUUCCGUUGCUCUGGCCAAACAUGCGUUUGCGCUAAUCGCAUUUUAGUCCACGCCGAUAUUUAUGAUGAGUUCGCUCGAUUAUUGAAGGAAGAAGUUGGCGAUAUGCCCGUGGGUCCCGGAAACGACCCCGCUACCGAUAUAGGACCCUUAAUCAACAAAGCGGCUGCUGAUAAUAUUGAAGCCUUACUAGAAGAUUCCGUUCUCAAGGGAGCCAAGGUGAGCGCGGGAGGUAAGCGUCUCGGGGAAACUUUUUUCGAACCAACGGUUUUGCAACACGUGACACCCGACAUGAGAAUCUAUCAGGAAGAAAUAUUCGGUCCGGUGGCUUCCCUCAUUAAAUUUAGCACGGAGGAAGAGGCCGUAGAAAUAGCUAAUUCAACUCCUUUUGGCUUAGCAAGCUAUUUUUACAGCCGAGACGUGGAACAGAUAUGGCGCGUCAAAUCUUCCUUGCAUUUCGGGAUGGUGGGAAUUAACGAGGGAAUCAUAACGACGGCCGAAGCGCCCUUCGGCGGUGUCAAAUAUUCGGGGUUCGGUUACGAGGGUUCGAAAUACGGUAUAGAAGAAUAUCUGCACAAAAAAUACGUUUGUUGGUCUGUCUAGGAAAAAAUGAAAUGUCUCCCUUUUUUCCUCCUCUUGAAAAAAAAGCAAUGUGAUCGUCAUAAAUUUUUGCAGCAAUCUAAUAAUGCCAUUUAUUUGUUAUUUGGAGUUGUUUAUAUUCCACCCUGUUAUUUGUUAAAUUGAUUCCUAAGUUGUUAUAAUGCUCAAAAACCUAAUAUUGUAUUAAAAAGCGUGAUAAAUAUUUACUUAUCCUAUAUAUAUAUAUAUAACAUUUAUAUAAUUUAUAUUUUGAUUAGUAAUGGCUAACUCAAUAUUUUAGCCAGAAAAGUAUUGUCUAAGCCUCGAGAUUUCGAUAAUAUAUGUUUAGACGUUUGUUCCUUCUAUGAGCAAAAUCUUCAGAUUUGCGUGAUAUUUUUCUGGAUGAAAUAUCGAGUUAGCCGUUUUCAAAAAUCGGCUCAAAACAAGCCGUUUAACAACACUAAUUUUGAUAGUUGAAUAAUUAUAUCUUAGUUUUAAAAAAGAUUAAUUUAUGCAAACUUAUAUUUACCCAACUAUUAUUUAAGGUCUUUUUAAGUCAUCAAAAAUGCUAUUAUU